AUGAGCGGCGACGUGGUGCGCGGAACGCGCCUGACGUACGCGAUAGAGUCCGCGGACUGGGUCGCGUCCGACGUGGCCAUUCGGAUCCUGGACGGCGGCAGGCCUUUCGCCAGCGGCGCGAUGCGCGACUGCGUCAGGUGCCAGGAGCUCGACCCGGAUGGCGCUACCAUACCCUCCGUCGCCAAGGCGCUCCGGCCGGGGAGCGGGCUCCCGCCCGCGGCCGUCUUCGACGAGGCCAUGACGCAGGCCGUCGCGGAGGCCUUCGCGCAGGAGUUCAACCGCCGCGUGCAGCCCCUGGGGUUCCCCACUGUUGCGUUCUUGCCAGUGGGCGUCGUGUCGUGCGCGGGGGCCGCGGCGCGGGUGGGCGGGCGGCCGCAGCGCGUGCUCGCGCUGGAGCCGGAGCUGCGGGGGCAGUACGUCAAGUACAACACCAACGACGGCAGCGUCGUGGGAGAUGCCGCGUCGUCGUCGGCGGGCGGCGUGGCGCAGGCGUUCAGCCACUUCACGUACGAGGCGUCCGGGCGGCAGCUCGUGGUGUGCGACAUUCAGGGCGUGGGGACGUGCUUCACGGACCCGCAGGUGCACUCGCGCGACGGGCAGGGCUUCGGCGCGGGCAACUUGGGAGACCGCGGCCUGCGGGCGUUCGCGGCGACGCACCGGUGCGCGGGCGUGUGCAGGGCGAUGGGGCUCGUGCCCGCGCGCAGCGAGACCGCCGGAGAGAGGGCGCGGCUGGAGGUCGACGAGGACCUCGCGUGGCGGCUGGCGCGCGAGGAAGCCGCGGGCGCCGACGCGGGGGAGUGUCGCGGCGCCGUCGGGCUGCAGGAGGUGUGCACGCCCACGUGGUACCGCGCGACAGUCACGCGCGGCGCAGCGCGACUCGGGAUGCGGUGA